GUGUAUCAGCAAGAAUAUCACUUCCAUUCACUUCACCACCGGUAACAGAACCGUCAUCAUGAAGCUUAAGAGAAGGAACGAAGGUACGGAUGUCCAAGUUCUUCUCAACAUACUCGACAACGGUGGGCGAAACAACACCAGCAUCCUUCAACACUACCAAAGCACGAGGCUUUGCAACGCUGAGAUAAAUAAUUUGACGGGCAGGAGGAUAAGCAGGGUCAAUGACGGAGAAGGUAGCACCGGCCUUCAGGACACCCAUGACAGCAAUAACCAAGUCCACGCCACGGUAAGCAUACACCAUUACAACCUCACCACGUUGAACACCGGACUUAACAAGGUGGUGGGCGAGCACAUUUGAGGCCUCGUGAAUUUGACGAUAAGUAAAGGACUUUGUAGGAGCAGAAGAAGUGACAGGAGGUGUAACAACAACACAUUCUCUCUCAGGGAACUUCUUUGCGUUGUCGGCAAAGAUGUCAUGAAUAGCACCACGGAAAUCAGACCAACCCAGAUCCUUAGUAGGGUCAGGAAGGAGGGCCUUUUGUUCGUCCGUAAUCAAAGAAAUCUUUGCUGGAAGCUGGUUAAGCACAUUUUUAGCAGCAAGCUUCACGACUUGAAGAAGCUGGCUUGCAAGAAUGCUGAUGCGGGCCUUAGAAAACAGCAAUUGGUUGUAAAUAAAUUGCAAUUUAAGAGGAGGCAAGAUGGAGUCAGCACGAAGAGAUGAGUGCUUGCUUUCAUCAAUAGACACAAUUACGGUAACGUCAACGUCAAGGCCGGUUGAAGAAAGGAAUUUCAUGGAAGGCGCAUCAGGUGCAUUAUAGAAACGAGUAUACACCAGACCGUUACGGGUUUUCUCGUCUUCAGACUUGCCAGCAUUAAGAUGCUGCAACAAAUCGUUGAAAUCAACAGUAUCCGCACUCCAGUUACGUUCAAUUUCAGCAAUCUUUUUCAAAAGUGUCAAAAAGCUAUCCUCGGCAUUCAAAAAGGAACGGAGAACGAAAGGAGUGCCCUUUUCAGAGCUAGUUCCCACACUGAUGUCUUCAUCACCAGUCAUUCUGUUAACAAGGACGAUGAAGGCCGUCAGAAGCGUCACAAAAGGAGAAGCGACGAAACCGUCACCUUUGGCCUUCAUAGCCAAGGUUACGAGAGCAUCUUCUGUGUCCAGAUCGACAUCUUUUUCAAAAGUAGCCUCUACUGAGCGAGCAGGAACAGGUCUACUGUAAUCGGCAGGCAGAUGCGAAAUUGUUUGGCUUUUCAGACGUUCAGCCCAUCUCUCCAGACGGAGCUGGUAUUCUUCCUUUGAUGGAGCAUCCACGGUCAUAGUGCUCGUCCUCAAAUGAAUCAGAGCCCUGUAAGUGUUUGGUUGAGGUAAAGCGCUGCACGCACGGAGUAAAGAUGUCGCUGAUACGUACAAGAGUCAACAAGAAAAAAAAAAAAGAAAGGAAAAGGAUUACUUUUAAUGCAAAUAAGGUAAGAUAAAUGUGAUCAAAGACUAUAAUAACUUUAUGCUUUAUAUUUAUUUUCUCUUCAAUUUGUUGUUACUGUCUUAUAAUGUACCCCUUAAUACCCCUUGACACGAAAGCAACAACAGCUCUUGCAAUGAAGGAUGAUUCCACCAUGUUUUACUAGUUGAUUCGACCUCUUUUAGCUUUCUGUUUAACUCUGUUGACUCUUUCCAUCUUUUUUCCUAUGUAUUAUUUGCGUGGACUUCAUUGUAAGUGACAACGUUACCUUGUAAACUCAACACCAAAGGAAGCACUCAGAUGUCAAGCUUAACCAAGUGCCAGGAAGUACUAUAGGUGUCGUUCUUCAUGUUUCUAUUUUAGCGAAGCCUUGGACAUAGUAACAUCUUUCCAAUUUCCUACGGGACUGUGCAACAUUGUCUAUUUAAAUAUUGUAUACGAGAUCAUGUCCUCCAAUUCUAAUCCUGCGUCACCCAAGACAAAUCCUUCGAAUGACACGAAUGGUCAUGCAAUGGAGCGACGCGAAGUGCAUAAUGACAUGGAAUCAGCAAUGGCUACUCCAGAUAAACGACCCAGAGACUACAUCAGCCCUUCAAAUAUUGCGGGUCGUUCAGAGAAACGAACAAAAUUGUCUAUGGAAACUCCACCCGCAAUGAAUGGACCUUUCACGGAUCACCCGUAUCCCUCGGCACGCACCAUGCCUAUGAAUUCCCCUUUUUUGCUUCAACCAGGUGCUCAAGGAGGACCUGGUUUCGCACCUCAGAAUAUGCCAAUGAACUCUUCUCGUACUGUGCCGUUCCUUCGGACAAUGCCGUAUAUUGCACCGCAAGUUCAAGUGUUUACGGCUCCUGAAGUUUCGGUCGACAACUCUGCUUUGCAGUCUUACAUUGACGAGUCGGUCCCGCCCGAUUCGUCUGCCGAAGUGGCAAUCGCUCAAGAAUUUGAAUACACGCCUUAUUUGCAGCUUCCUCUGUUGUACCGUCUAGUUGGAAAAAUCAUUCGAGUGAACAUUGAAGCCAAGUGGAUGAACGCAGCCAUUAAUCUCCGGCUUUCCAAAAGGGAAAUUUGGGGAACAGACGUAUAUACAGAUGAUUCGGAUAUCGUUACUAUACUUGCACACCGCGGCUACUUUUCCUUACUGAAACCGGUGGUUGAGGACGCUGUUGUGGACCUACAUGUUCUACCACCACUAAUGGAAUACAAGGGCACUCGCACCAAUCGUAUAGAAAGUCGAAGUUGGUCGACUCCUCACGACGGAAUGAGCAUCAAAGUGUUCCGAGUUACGUGGAAGAACGUUAAGCCAUCCCUGUUUUCUCUUAAUAUGGCCCAACAAUCGUUAGAGGACAGGCUGCAAAAGCGCCUAGAGCUAUCUCAGACGGCUACAUUCAAGGUGUAAAUUCGGAAUCUUUCACACCCCGUCCAAUAACUUAUAUCAAGGUGCUGUUUUCGUUCACCUAAGCCUCUCUGAGCCUACAUUCUCUCGUUUCCCCUCCCCGUACAUAAUCUACCCAGUUUCCCUCCUGAAACGCCUUUGUUUACCAUUCAAUUCUAUUCCAAAUGUUACUGACUGCAAUUCCGCAGCUGUCGGCACAAAGUGGUUGUGCCUGAAGGCGCGGUCAUUUUUGUCUGCAGGUGUAAUCAGCUUCCCUCAUUCUAUGUUUCCUCUUUCGUUAUAGCACAAUGCCUCGAACCACUCUUAUCAACCUUUCCCAAAACUUUGUCCAUAAUCACCAUCUCCUAACGGGCUCAUCCUGUAGAAUUUCACAUCUACCCUCGCCUUGCGACUCCUUGCACCACGCAGUCUUGUAUAAGCUUGUCGCUGUAUUUUGUGUUAAUGUUUUUACGGAACAGUAGUGCACUUCACUAAACCGUGGUCCAGAACGCGGGCAUCUCCGAGCAGAAAUGUCCGGGCUAAUCAAGCGAGUCCUUCUAUGAUUGAUCAUGGCCGUGACGUGUGUACCUAUACCCCGGCAAAAGUUUAUGGGGCGAUUUGCCAGAUUCGUGUAUUACGGGCGGCAAUUGUGUUAGGUUAGGGUUGCACCCGUUUAUGCACCCGCG